ACAAGAGCCAUGUGUUCCAGCUCCACGCUUUGAAGGACUCAGGAAAAAAAAAAAACAGAAAACUUUUCAGAACUUUGAAGCAGGGGGAGAGUUAGCGAAAGUGAGCGAUGGGGCGUCUAAGAUGCUGCAGAUGAAGAUGAGCCGGUGAGCAGGUCUGUCGCUCACAGACGUUCCAGUUCAAGGAUAUUUAUGGUGAUUCUUCAAGAUCCCAGGCUGCAGCCAUCCAUCGGUUACCUCCCUGCUGUUUCUGUUAUGCAUCACGACGACAUGUCGGCCAGAGAAGAGUUCACCUACAGUCACGUGUCCACCCUGGAGAGGGGCAGCGGGUCGCUGAGGCGAAGCCUGGACCGGCGGCCGGACCGAGGGGAGAGGGACAGCUACACGGUGGACGUGAGGGCCAGCGACCUGCAGCUGGCACAGCCGGAGCCUCUAAAGCACCCCUGCUUCAGCUACAGGGCCUGGCUCUACAGCGUCCUCAUCGGGGGCAGCCUCCUCAUCACAUCUGGCUUCUCUCUCUACCUGGGAAACCUCUUUCCUGUUGCCAUGGACUACCUGCGCUGCGCGGCAGGUUCGGGCUUCCCUGCUGCUAUUGCUAGUUUCGCUAUCGCCAAGAACCGCCAUGUAGCGGUGUCAGAUUUCCAGGUGGUUUUCGUUUCUACCUUUGCUGUGACCACCACCUGCCUGGUUUGGUUUGGCUGUAAACUGGUCCUGAACCCAUCAGCAGUCAAUAUCAACUUUAACCUCAUCCUGAUGAUCGUGCUGGAGGUGCUGAUGGCCAGCACAGUCAUCCUGUCUGCUCGCUCUGCAGAGGACUGCUGCUGCCACAGGAGGCCGCAGACGUACGACAGACCUCUGGCGAUGACCUCUGCAGUCUUCCCAGUCCGGCUCCUCAAAGCCUAUUCAGUGAUUGAAGUGAUCGUGGGCAUCUCUGCCGUCUUCGGGGGAAUCAUCGCUCUCAACAUGGACGCUCUGCUGCCGGGUCCUUACUUGUCUGUCACGUUCUUCUGGAUUCUGGUGGCAUGUUUUCCCAGUGCUAUUGCGAGUCAUGUGGUGUCAGAGUACCCAAACAAAUGUCUGGUGGAAGUGCUGAUCGCCAUCAGCAGCGUGACGUCGCCCCUCCUGUUCUCGGCCUCGGGCUUCCUCUCAUGCAGCGUGAUCAGCUUUAUUGAAAUUUUCCUGCAUGACGUUCCAAUCGCCAAGCAAUCGUACGACAUCCUGCUGCUGAUCCUGAUGGUGCUGCUGCUGGUGCAGGCCAUUCUGACAUCAGCUACCGUGGUGCACUGUGCUUCCUACAAGAGUCAGCUGCGCAGGGGAGCCACCGAGUGUGACGAGAGCACGCAAACAUCCCAGCAGCACUGUGAGCAAACGUCCAGCGGAACACUGCAGGAUUACAGCAAGGACAGAGCUUGGAAGGCUGUCGUGGUCCAGAUGGCCCAGUAAAGUGACUGACACUCAGAUCUCUAAACCUGUGAGAAACGUCUGCAAGAUGUCCUCAAGGUUCAGGUGUAAAGUGGUCUUCAAUUUUUGUGAAAUAAAUCAGUCGUCCUUGUCGCUGUGUAGUUUGAAAUGUAGUUUCUUCUAUCACGAUGACGUGUAUAUAUGCAUAUUUAAUGUCACUACUUUGAUGUUUGUAUUUAACAUCUUUAGGCUCAAAAAGCUGUAGACGUAAACGUGUUUUCAGUUGAAUUGAAAUGACAUUUCUUCGGCGUCAAAAUUAAAA